GUUGUGUGCGCGGUGCCGGCCACAACAACAGCAACAACGGCAACAACAACAGCAACAACAGCCCUCCUCACAGGCGCCGGCCCCCCCCAACAACCGCGGCCCGCGGGAGGCCGUCCCGGGCGUUGACGGCGUUGGGCGUCUUCGCCGGCAGGCGCGCGACGAUGCCCGGCGCUGACGAGGCGGCGAUGCUCCGCUCCGUGCUGCUGUCGCGCCGCGGUGGCGUGGAGCUGCGGCGACUGCGCGCCGAGUUCCGGGAGCUCACGGGGCGGGAGCUGCCUGGCGGCGGCGGCGGCGGCGGCGGCGACGGACUCGAGUCGUACCUCGUGUCUCAGCCCGGCGUGGUCCGUCUGGAGCGAAGGAGCGACGGCACGGUCGUGUGCCACGCGGUGGAGACGAAGGAGGUGGCCAGGGUCAGCCGGAUGAUCUCCGUCACCAGGGGCAAGACGAGCAGCCGGAGCAGGAAGUCGCUGCACGCGAGCGCCCCCGCCAAGUCCCCUCUGGGCUGCUCCGCGCGACGGGGGGGGAGCGCCGCCCCCGCCUCCUGGCGGCCUCGCGUGACCUCGACCCACUCGCGACCUCGCCCGACCUCCUCCUCCUCGUCGUCGUCCGCGAGAGGGCGCGUUCCCACCGUGGUGUUCAAGACGACGGCCCUGACGGCGGCUCCUCCCCCUCCUCCUCCUGGCCACGUGGACCUCGGCGGCGGCCGCGGCAGCACCGCAAAUCCACCCUCCCUUUCCCGGCGUCUCGGCGACAGGCACGGAGAUUCUGAAGGCUUUGAGAGUCGCCACAGAGCCUUGUCCAGCCCUGGCGUUGAAGUGCCCACGUUGAACUGGGGCCCUGUGAGAUCCACGGAGCCAGUGAUGGAGGUGACGUCGGCGUCGUCUGUCCCCUCCACCGUCGCUGGGCCCCGCGCUCACUCGCCCCCCAGCGUGGAAACCAUCACGCUCGCCCUGCGGAGGUGGACACUCACGGGUGGUGGCGGUGGUGGCGGUGGUGACCGUUGGUUGACACAGUCAGGUCGCCCCCAGGGAGAGGUGUCCACCCUGGGGGCACCGGAAGUGAGGCCUCCGAUGAGGGCGAAGCUGUUCAGGAGUCCAUCUCCUUCCUUAAGGUCCGCCAUGGUUGACUGUCCACCUUCCACCAAGAUGAGCGCACGAGAUCAACCUCACCGUCCAAUCAGGGAGCCGGCCACUGUGGACCGUCCAAUCAGGGAGCCGGCCACUGUGGGCCGUCCACUCAGGGAGCCGGCCACUGUGGACCGUCCACUCAGGGAGCCGGCCUUGAUGAACCGUCCAAUCAGGGAGCCGGCCACUAUGAACCGUCCAAUCAGGGAGCCGGCCGCUGUGGUCCGUCCACUCAUGGAGCCGGCCUUGAUGGACCGUCCACUCAGGGAGCCGGCCACUGUGGACCGUCCAAUCAGGGAGCCGGCCUUGAUGGACCGUCCACUCAGGGAGCCGGCCACUGUGGACCGUCCAAUCAGGGAGCCGGCCUUGAUGAACCGUCCACUCAGGGAGCCGGCCACUGUGGACCGUCCAAUCAGGGAGCCGGCCAAGAUGGACCAUCCAAUCAGGGAGCCGACCACUGUGGACCGUCCAAUCAGGGAGCCGACCACUGUGGACCGUCCACUCAGGGAGCCGGCCUUGAUGAACCGUCCAAUCAGGGAGCCGGCCACUAUGAACCGUCCAAUCAGGGAGCCGGCCACUGUGGUGCGUCCACUCAGGGAGCCGGCCUUGAUGGACCGUCCACUCAGGGAGCCGGCCACUGUGGACCGUCCAAUCAGGGAGCCGGCCUUGAUGGACCAUCCACUCAGGGAGCCGGCCGCUGUGGACCGUCCAAUCAGGGAACCGGCCACUGUGAACCGUCCACUCAGGGAGCCGGCCACUGUGGACCGUCCAAUCAGGGAGCCGGCCUUGAUGGACCGUCCACUCAGGGAGCCGGCCACUAUGAACCGUCCAAUCAGGGAGCCGGCCGCUGUGAACCGUCCACUCAGGGAGCCUGCCUUGAUGAACCGUCCACUCAGGGAGCCGGCCGCUGUGGACCGUCCAAUCAGGGAGCCGGCCUUGAUGGACCGUCCACUCAGGGAGCCGGCCACUAUGAACCGUCCAAUCAGGGAGCCGGCCGCUGUGAACCGUCCACUCAGGGAGCCUGCCUUGAUGAACCGUCCACUCAGGGAGCCGGCCGCUGUGGACUGUCCAAUCAGGAAGCCGGCCGCUGUGAACCGUCCACUCAGGGAGCCUGCCUUGAUGAACCGUCCACUCAGGGAGCCGGCCGCUGUGGACCGUCCAAUCAGGGAGCCGGCCUUGAUGGACCGUCCACUCAGGGAGCCGGCCACUAUGAACUGUCCAAUCAGGGAGCCGGCCACGAUGGACCGUCCACUCAGGGAGCCGGCCACUGUGGACCGUCCACUCGGGGAGCCGGCCACUGUGGACCUUUGGUCUGCGGCCAGAAGCUGGGAUGGACGGCUGACCCCCGCAUCCCCCCUGGUGUCCUCCUGGCCGCCGUCGGGCUCGCCCGUCGAGCGCUGCGUGGACGUGCUGGUAUCCAGCGCCAGGCACCCGGCGCUCUUCGCCGUGCAGGCCUGGAGCCAGCUGCACCGGCUGGAGCGGCUGGAGGCGAGAAUGUGGCGCCACUAUGGGAACCUCCGGGGCCACGGGCAGGCGGACGUGGCGGAGGAGGCGGAAGAUGAAGAGGUGGCGGCUGAGGAGGUGGCGACUGAGCCGUCGUUCGUAGCCUGCGUGCAGGAUGACCGGGUGUACCGUGUGGAGCUGAAGUGCGCUUGCCCGCCGGGCAAGGCCAUGGUGUACCGGGUGGACUACGGCGAGUGGGACCUCGUCCCCUUGUCCACCCUGCGGCCCCUCGUCCCGGCGUUCACCCGGCUUCCCGUGCAGGCCCACCUGGCCCAGCUCGCGGACGUCCCCUGCAGGCGCUGGUCGCCGGAGCUCAGCCAGGUGUUCAGGAAGCUGGUGGAGGGGCGGCCGUUUGUGGCCCGCGUGGAGGGGGCGGGGGGCGACCCGGCGGGGCGAGCGCCCAGGCUGAGGGUGUCCCUGGUGGACACGUCCCAUCCCGAGCGGGACGUCGUCAUCGGCCAGGUCAUGAUGGGAUUCGCUCGGGAUUGGUGACGAGGAGGACGAGGAGGAGGACGAGGAGGACAACGAGGAGGAGGACG